AAGGGGGUUGACCAUAUGGCAGAGCGAUCCAGGUAUGGAACAGUAAAGAAGUAUGAUAUUAAACCAAAUGCUUAAGUGUGUAAAAAUACCAAACCUAUAUUCCCCUAAGGAAGAACAAAAUACCUGCCAAUCAGAUAAAGUAAAAAGUUGUUUCUAAGUUUCAGCCACUAUAGUGCUGAGGAGAAGCUGACUUUUAAUGCUGAGGUGUGGAAAAAACAUUCCUGUAUGGGUUGACGUCUUUCAUGUUUUACUCACAAUGGGAUGUUUUCACUACAGUUGACUGCAUCCAGCUGAAAGUGCCAGUCAUUCAGCAGUUGUACCACUGGGACUGUGGGCUAGCCUGCUCCAGGAUGGUGCUUCAGUACCUGAAUCAUUUGGACAAUGAUGAAUUUCAGAAAGCCAUCCAGGAGCUCCAGUUAACAAAGAGUAUCUGGACUAUUGACCUGGCCUACCUAAUGCGGCACUUUGGUGUCAAGCAUAAAUUUUGCACCCAGACGCUUGGAGUGGACAAGGGCUACAAAAAUCAGUCAUUUUACAGGAAGCACUUUGACACAGAAGAGAAUCGAGUGAAUCAGCUCUUUGCACAAGCCAAAGCCUGCAAGGUGCUGGUGGAGAAGUGCACAGUAACUGUUCAAGACAUCCAAAACCACCUGUCCCAAGGUCAUGUAGCCAUUGUCCUAGUGAAUGCGGUCCUGCUAUUGUGUGAUCUUUGCUCAAGUCCUGUCAAAUACUGCUGCUUCCUCCCCAUUGGACAGAAGUGCUUCUGCAGGAAUCCUGACUACCAGGGCCAUUUCAUUGUGUUAUGUGGCUACAACAAAGCCUCAGGGAGUAUUUACUAUAACAACCCUGCCUAUGCUGACCGAACAUGCUGCACCAGCAUCAGUAACUUUGAGGAAGCCAGGACAAGUUACGGCACUGAUGAAGAUAUUCUGUUCAUCUACACAGACAGCUGACACCCACACCUGAUACUUCUGGUCCUUUCCUGUGCAGCCUGCAUGGCAGCUGGCUGCUUGUCUCAGGACUCCCCCUGCAGAGACCGUGCUCCGGAAUUGCAGUGGGAUCUUAAACAAGGGAGGCUUUAUAGACAUUGAUAGGACUAUACUGCAAUGCUGUCUUUACCUUUUUUUUUUUUCCUGAUGACAUAUUUGAUUUUGCAAUGUAUGUCUCACUUUUUUUUCCCUUCCUGAUUUUCAACAUUGCACAUUUGACAGCAGUUUUAAAAUACAGGCCCAGGGCCUGUUCACUUUGAGCUUAUUUUCAAAUUAAACACAAGAGAAAAAAGCACCAAAUUAAUGAACUUUAACACUUGGUAAUACAUGCAUAGGUUUAGGUAAACAAAACCAGGAAAAAAAUAAUAGGAAAUACCUGUUUCUCUCUCUGUUAAAGCAUCUUCAUCCUAAAUCUAGGGAUUUGAGGUUCAGCAGGAUGUUAUCGAAGGAAAAAAUACUCACUUAAGCCACUUUUAAAUAACAAAAAUGCCUUGCUGGCUUACCAAUAGAAUCACAGAAUCAUCUAGGUUGGAAAAGACCUUGAAAAUCACCUAGUCCAACCAUUAAUCGCACGUUGACAGUUCUCAACUACACCAUAUCCUUAAGCACUAUGUCAACCCCAAUAGUGUCUUGCAGUGUAGGAAUGAAACAUUUACUCAAGGAAACUUCCCAAAUUCACCUUACACAGAUUUAGCAUUUAUGCCACUGCAUAAAAUUUUGAAUCAUAGUUAUUGGUAUUGUUCCUUUACUACAAACUCACUCUGGUUUGGCUAAAUCCUCUAGGAUGACCGCUCAGAGCUCUGUAUUGCCCCAAAAGUUUAAGUGAAGACAUUUUAUUUGUACCUAAAAGUCUCUUGCUUUUUGCAGAAACCUCUGAACUUCAUGCCACCUACUUGUGGCAGUUUCUGCAGAAUCCAUUCUAAAUAUAAACUUGUAAACUUAUUAAGCAAAUACAGAAAAUGAUCAUGCACAGUAAUGCUAUACAUUUUUGUGUAAAUUGUAAAUACCUAACAGCAUAUACUGAUUGUAACUAAAAUGCUGAAUCACAAUUUGACUCAAAUUUUGCUAUUGGCAUCAGUUCAGUGACCUUUUAAGAAGAGCUGAAAUCAAUUAAGAAAAGAGGGAAUACAAACAUCGCUUUGCUACAAGUAAAAAAGCAGGAACUCAGAUUUUCUGACUUGUAUACUACAGCUGUAUUUGGAUUAAGUUGGAAUUACUGUAUUCAGACAUUAUCAACUGAAAUUGUUAGCAGUCCCUUCAUAAUCCUUCUGUGUAUUACCUGGCUUUUAAUUACUUUGCUGAUGAGCACUGUAAAGGGUAGGAAAUAGCCACUCAGAUUCAGCCAUCACAGUUUUCUACAAGUCUUGAUCUCCAGUUCUGCCUAUGUUGAGGUGGGUAUAAAAAUCGAUGUUAAUAAUGAUGUAAAGCUAGCAAAAUUUUAUUUUGCACUUAAGACACCUUUGGCAUGGCUUUAGGAGAACUGUUAUCGAGUUCUAGAACUGUGUGAAAUAACAGCAAGAGGACAUUGUUAUUUAGUGGUGAAAAUAAUGGGAAUCACUUUCAGCAUGGUAAAAAAUUUUUCUAAGAGAAAACAUCAGUUGUCUUACUGAAAAGUAUCUGGAAAGUGUUCAGUAGGUAUGCAUAGUAGAAUCGAGUACUUCUUUGUGCAAAGGCUAAAAAUAGAAACAGACAUUUAAAAUUCAGUGUUCUGAACAAAGAACAAGGAAUUUUCAGUGUAUCAGGUUUUUUAAUCAUUGCUGAAGUUGGAAUUUGUUUUGGCAUUUAUACUUGCAUAACUAGUAAAAAUUUGGAUGUGAUUUCUGAGCCGCAGAACCAGAUCAGUGCCAGUAGCAGAAUCCCAGAAAAAAGGUACACAGAGAACGCCUUCCAACUCCUCUAAAGUCACCAGGUAGCUACCAAUCUAGGAAUUUUUGUUUCCAAGUCUAAAUUCACAAUGUUUAAUUUAGAGAGAUUAUACUAGCUAUGUUAAUUAGUAACAAGUAUGUAAACUACAGAUUGAUAGAGUACUUCCUUAACCCGUGCAUUUUCAGGUAGGUAGUGCAUUCAAUACCAUUAAACUGCCACAGGAUUUAUUUUAGAGCAGGCUUGGCUAGGUAAAUAAAAAUAAUUCUUUCAAAAGAUUUGUAAUUGCCAUUUAGCCUCUUACAGGUUCAGUUACCAAAUGCGAAUCUUGAGCUUAUACAUAAACCAUGAAUUUAAGGGCAUGCUAAAUGUUCUGAAGUGCACAGAUAGGUGUUACAACGUUGACUGUUAAACAUUGGUACCCAGGGUUUAAAUACUUUAACAAAACUGAAAAAAAAUGAUUAAGCUAAUAGAGACAAAAGGGGAGUUCCACCAUUGCAACAGGAUCUCUUAUAGCUGUCAAAUGGAAGAUAGUUAUGAGAGGUGAAAACACAAGAAGCAGAAGCCAAGUGAAAAGACAGAGUAUUUAUAUGACACAAAAUUCAGAUUAAAAGCAGGUCAUUGCACAAGCAUUCAGAACAUCUGCAUAUUCUGAAACUUUGUUUCCCAUUACAAGAUUGUCUAUAAAAAUACUCGUUAUGAAAAUGUUUUGUCACUUUGUUUCCUUUAUGAUGUCAAUAGCAAAAGAAGGGGUAUUUUACAUGCAGGGAUUUUAUACAUAAAUAUAUUUUUAUUUGUAAUUAAGCCAUUCUCAAUAAAGGUUUAAAGUCACAGAUAACCCUGUAA